AUGCUGAUUAGAAGUCUCACAUGGAUGUGUUUUGGGAGAAUUGAGAAGGAACCAAAGCUGAAAAACCUCAUCAAACAAAUUGAACCAUACCAUGCUCUGUCAAGACUGCAAGCAGCAAUAGGCACUGGACUACUCUUCCUUCCAUGGGGCUCAUCCCUUGCCCUGGAAGCCUCAAGUGCGGCAUUUAGCCUGCAAUUCUUAAUCUCACAAACCUGUCUUUUCAGCUUGAGUGCAUUCAUGAUGCAUGGUGCCAGAUGCACCAUCAAUGAUCUGUGGGACCGCCCAAUUGAUAAAAAAGUUUCACAGACCCAACUCAGACCUCUAGCCUCUGGCGGCAGUGCACGAUCUCCAACCAAUGCAAUUGGCUGGCUUGGCCUUCAGAGGUUGAUAGGCUUGGCCAUUUUACUUCAAUUGAAUAUGUAUCACAUCUUGCUUGGUGCUUCUUUGCUCUCUCUGGUCAUCAUUUACCCUCUCAUGAAACAAAUUACCUAUAGGCCACAAUUUGUCCUAGGAAUGGCGUUCAACUGGGGUGCACCACUUGGUUCAUCAGCCAUACUGGGACAGAAAGAAUGGAGAGUGUUGAUACCAUUAUAUAUGGUACACAUAUGCUGGACAAUAGUGUACAAUACAAUCUACGCCGAACAGGAUAAGAAAUCAAACUUCCUGGCUGGUAUCAAAUUGACCACCCUUCUCUUUGGUGCUUGA